AUGCCGGCUCAUUUCUGGAAAGGCCUAGCGAUGGGCCGCAAAAUGUCAUUGACAAACCUGACAGCGAUGGCAGUCAUCAACAGUCAAGACAGUCUCCACCACCCUACAGACUCUGCUGGUCCCGGUUCACCUCCACCUUCCUCCUCCAUGUCACACCUCAGUCCGCCCAUCUCGUCCAAUUCCCUCUCACUACUGCAACGACCACAUCCACAACUACCCCAGCAACAACAAGGACAAGGACCACAACGUCUAUCGUCACCGAUCUCGUUCUCAAACGAGUCAGACGUCCUUUCGGUCCAUUCCUCUAUCCUCGCCACCACAGCAUCGACACCCUUUCAGAGCCCACACUCUGUUGGUGGUGGUGAGAGCGAUGUAGGUGCCGGUAGAGAGCUCUCACCCAGCUCGAUAUCCAUCCAACAGCAGCCCCUCUCUGCGGUUCGGUACCAAUCCAGCAGCAGUCAAGGUGGAGGAAAGACACCGUCUGCAUCGAAAGGGAGCAAUAGCGCGAUAACUACCACAGCUACAAAAGCCACAGACGCGCUCGAUCGUUCAUCUGCGACACCAAUCAAUACCGCCAGCGACGAUAGACUCCUCGCAUCGCCAUACGUCUCUUCAAACUCCCUAUCUUCUUCCCUCCUCGGUGCCGACCUCUCUCCCCAAGCCGGGACCAUCAACACCACCGCUGCGACUAACGCCGAUGGUGUCCCCACAGCUUUAACCACCCCUACUACUAUCGCCACGACCACCACUUUCUCUUCCUCCUCCUCUUCCUCGUUCCGUCCACGCUCCCGGGCCACCGAUCUCUUACUGAACCUCGAGGCCUCGUCUAACGACGCACGGUUCCAAGAGAUCCUUCACAACACGAUUGCACUAGACCUAUUCCGGCAGUUCUGCUUCCAGGAGUACUCUAUCGAGAACCUCCUGUUCUGGAUGGAUGUCGAGCUUUUUGCAAAGCCCAACAUGGAGAUGCAGCGAGCCGACAGGUUAAAACACAAGAUUAUGCAAAAGCGACUUGAGAAGCAGCAGCGAGCGUAUCGACAGGACGGCAAACGCAGUCGCAAUAACAGCAACAACAAGGAGCCGCGUACCUCGGAUGAAAAGCAAAGCCCCAAAAGCGACCGAAUUCGAGAGGAAAAAUAUGAACUGGAUGAGAAAGAGUUGAACAAGUUAAGACGGGAGGUGGACGAGGAGGAGGCCGAGUUUGCAGUCCAACACGCUCGAUAUAUCUACCUGACCUACAUUGACACGUACGCGCCACUUCAGGUCAACCUCAGCGACGAGUCACGUACCGACAUCCCCUGGCCCAUCCUCGACCCCAACGAUCCUAACGGAAUCAGCGACAGCAGAAACCACUCCAGGAACAACAGCGGUGCAAGCACAAAGAGCUGGAGGAAAAGCAGUAAAAGCAGCAGUCGGAUGGACGAAGCGAUCGGCUGGCCAUUGGAUCGCCACAUGUUUGAUGGCGCCCAGGAGCACACAUAUCAGCUCAUGAAGGGACACACACUUGUCCGGUUCGAAGAUAGUGAGCUCUGGAAGAGUGCUUUGCGCAUGAUGCAUGAUCAACCGGGAGAGUAUGAAAAGGCAAUGGUGCAUGGCCCGCUGCAAUUUCACUAUUGCCCCGACAGCUCCGUGAUCCUCUCGACCGUCGCUCGGUCCCGCUCACGCCACCCGACUGCCAAAUUGCAGACCCUCUACAACUGGAACAACUCGACUACAGACCUCGACCGGUCCCGCGAUAAGGAGGAGGCACUGGCCAAGACCAUGUCCCAGUACUUUGGCCCCAUCCCCCACUCAAUCCGGCACCCCGGUCGCGUCAUCCUCGGAUUGGGACCUCGUCACCAUGGUGACGAUGACUUAUAUGAUGAAGACGAGUUUGAUGACUUUGACACCUUUGAGGGGCACCUUCAUGGAAACUCGGGGCCUCAACUAACGGCCAUGACGGAGAGCAAGCGGUCGGCGGCGAGCAGUAUUGCGGGAGGUUUUGGAGGUGGGUUCCGGAAUAACCGGUUCACAAAGCGACUGAGUGGAGGGCGUAACAACAAGGGUCAACAACACCACUCUAACGCGAGUGAGGAGAUGGUUCCAGGAGACUUGCAUGAUGAUGCGUACUCGUUGGACCAUGAUUUGUCCCAUGAAGGCGUCGACACGGUGGCCAACGGGCGGAGGACGACACGGUGGAUGGUGGCCGGAUACUUUAACGACCAGGUCCGUUUGACAGCUGCUCAGAAGAAACGGCUGUUGAGGAGAAACAACAAGCUGACAAAGUUCUUUGGAUCUCGCGUUGAUGGCACCCUCAGGCCGGUAGAGGAGACUGAGGAUGGCGGGUUCGUUGUCCCACCCAGCUCUCGCUCGUCAACUGCUGCUGGUGCUGGCAGCCUUGCGGCCGUUGGUCCUAGUGGCGUUCCCAUGCUGAGCUCUCCCCUUGCAUACGCGCUCUCAUCCUCAACGAUCCACGACUUGGACAAGAAGGGCCGUCCCAAGAAGAACAAGUCCAAGCGCGACAGUGGUAACGGUCACGAAGUUCUCUUCCACUUCCCAGGCGCCUCCAAGUCUACAGGAUCACGAUCCAUGAACAUCCUCCAAAAGUUCAAGCGCAGCUCUGGCGAAUACUACGACGGCAACAACAACAGUCGCAAGUCUACCAGUCAAGAGGAUAUUGGUACGGGCAGUGGUAACAGUCGACACUUCCGGUCGAUUACCUCUGUGGAUGGGCUACCUGCUGGAAGGAAGAUCUUGGCUGCACACCCGCACCCUCUCUGGAGUGGAUCUCUGUCAGACCAUGAAUUAGAUUCUCCUGCAGGGUAUGAACGGCGUCGCCAGUUGUCGAUCCUCAGUAUCAUGGGCAACAGCCUCAACAACAGCUCUAUCUCGCCUCAUUCGCUUCCCCCUUCAGGACUGACACCCACCACACCUACAGGAGGUGGACCCGAGUUCUAUGCCUCACCCCGGGGUCUGGAUCAGGAUGGUGCUUUGCUCUCGAAUCGCCCAUCUCACACUGCAGGGGCAGGCUCCUUGGACCGACAUGUCAUGUACAAUCGGAGAAAGAAAGCCGACAAGCUAUCAACUUUCUUUGGCGCCCAGUUGACUGCCCAGGAACUGUCAUCCCAACUCCACAUGGAUGACGACUUUGGCGUCGUCUCGUCCACUUCCCAGACGACAGCCGCCCAACAGCAGGAUCAAGAAAAAGAGAAGAAGAAGGGCGACCGGCUCCAGAGGUCACUGAGCGAGAGCGACAAGCACAAGGUCAAGCCCGCGGUGAUGGAUCCUACAAUCUUAUCCGUGAACCAGCUCUCACACCGGGAUCGAACUCUGCUGUGGAAAAGAAACAAGAAGCUGAGGGGUAUCCUUGGCGAGUCUUUGCAGGAGAGCGAAGUUGCCUUGUCGUUGACGAUCCCAGUCUUGAUGGGCUCCUCGAUGCGGUUGAGGAACUCGAUGUCGAGCUCGCGGAGGGUUGCAAGUCCUUCCCUCGGAAAGAAGCGGUCUACUGGAUCGUCAUUGCAUGCCAAGCAGGUGUCGAGCGAGACCUUGACGAGAGGCGAUGACGACGAAGAGGAUGAAGAUGUUGGGGGUGAGGAUGAUAGUGAAGGGUAUGAGGACUUGAACUCGAGCAGCAACUUAGUCCGGCACAAGACCGGAAAGGGUGGCAGCAAGACUCGCAGCCGCCGUGCAAGUGCCACCAACCCUGCUGGCACCCGAGUUCGUCGAUCCUCGGUCGCCUCCAACGCCAGUUCAGUCUACCGUCGUUACCCACAUCAGCAUGGACGUAGCGGGAGGGGGAGUAUCUCAGAGCUGACCAGGGCUUUGAGCAUUCAGUCUUUGGAUUCAUUCAUGACGAUCGAUACAGUUUUGGACGGGGACCUGGACGAGGAUCUGAGGCAGGCUGAGGAAGAGUUGGGGAUCCCACGGUUUGCGCAUCGGAGACGAACUAGCAGCAUCCGCCCAUACGGAUACAGCCAUCUCAGCCCACGAUACCGCCAAAUCCAUGCGAUAGCCAACGGCAGCUCUGGAUUGUCCAGUGAUGGCGCAACAACAGCAGCGGCAGAGGCCAUGACCAGGUUCAACCGAAAGAAGAAGAUGGACAAGAUCCAGCAGUUCUUGGGUGACCGUGUGCCGGAGCAGGAUUUGUGGAUGGGUACCGUUGGUCGUGAGAAGACUCAGGAGAUGUUGGACAGGAACUUGUUGUCUCCUACUGGCACUACUUUCUCACUUGACGGUGUCUCUGCGGUCGGUGUUGUUGGGACGAGUGGAGCUGGGCUGAGCCGGUCGGCGACUGGGUCGAGGUUGACGCCAAAAUUCAAGAAGGCCGCCUUUCCUGGACGCAACAAGAGUACCUCAGGCAACGCUCUCAAAAGCGAGGAUCAUUCAAACGAGAAGGAGAACGAGAACGGUGUUAGCACUACCAGCGAGAAGUCUAACAAGAAGACAAGACUGGGGACCGUAGUUGUGACAGCUGGAGGUCCUACCCACGGAACUGUCAGGAUGGAGCGGUCGUUGUCUGACCCACCCAGACUCGAGGACGGUGCCGAGAACGGGUUAGGGAUCCGGUCGCCAGGCGUUCAUCAACACCCCUAUCAGUGGCACACGACUGUGAGUCGACUUCGGCAGCAACUCGCCACCCCAGCCCUUUCAGCUGCUGCCGGUGGUAACUCGACUCGAGUUUCUGAAUCGUCGACGUCGCCUCCAAUGUCACCACCCAUAUCCUUCUCGACUUCUUCCAUCGCAUCGCCACGCCCCAGCCUAUCCUCUAACCACACCAACAACACCAGCAACUUCCCCACAGCUGCGGAUGCCUCAUCCUCCCCCAGUUUUCCCGCACCAUCCCUAGGAUACAUGACCGUUCUCCACGACGAAGAAGGCGAUGACAGCGCCCUGGACGCCGACGACAACGACGAUGAGUCCGCCCAGAUCCUCCCCCGCCUUCGCGCCAUGUCCGGAAAAGACCAAGUGAUAUUUCUAAAGCGCGCCGAGAAGCUCGAGAAACUGUUUGGGCAUUUUCCCCCAUCUGCGCUGUUACAUCGCAGUUUGACGACUGCCAGUGCCUCGUCGGCGACUACGGACGCGACCGCGAAUGAUAGAGAAGAGGGGAAUGAAGUAGGUUCGAGUGAGGGUGAGGAGAUGGCGUCGAUUACCAGCGGAGGGACGAGUAUGGUCCAGUUGGCUGCCUUCCUUGCCUCCACCACCACCACUACUAGCGGUGCCCAAGACUCAUCCGCCUCGCCGCCUUCAGCUACAAGAACGAAGGAGGGGGACAAGAAGUGGACGAAUGAGAUGAUGGAGGCGUUGGCCGAGGUAGAGCGCGCAAGUUGUUCGUCUUUUACUUCUGAAGAUGUGGCAGUUGUUGAGUCCCUCCGUUUAUCCUCCCCUGUCUAG